CUCUAGCCAGUCAUGUCAUUCAACGACCUCGAGCGGGGCAUCCCCCGUGCCCCAGCACCUACUUCAUCAACCUCACCUCUGGCAGGCGACGCAUCCUCUCAGUUCCAGAAGCUGCAAUCCUCGCUCUCCCUGCAGAUGUUCAAGAUCAACGCGAACGUGCAGGGGAUGCUUAAGCUCGUCGACCAGCUGGGGACAAACAAGGACGGCAAUGUCGUGCGAAAGGGGCUCCAUGAGCUGACAGAGGCGACGCGGGAAUUGGUCAAGCGAAGCACGGCAGAUUUGAAGACGCUUACCGAGCUUCAACAUUCUUUGCCAGACAAAAAGCUCGCCCUGUCCAAAACCUCUGCCGACUUACAAAGUGCCCUCGUCGCAUAUCAACAUGCUCAGAAGCUGUCCGCAGAGAAACAGCGCACUGUUGUAGACUCUGCCAAGCGAACUGUCUCUGCCGCGGGGAUCGUAUUGGGUGAGGAGGGAUCAGGACCGGACGACGGCGCAGGGGAGACAGGACGGCUAUUGGCGGAAACACAGGAGCAGAUCCAAGCGCAUGCACCGCAAAUCUCUAUGCAAGAGCUGCAGUUCCAAGAAUCGCUCAUUGCUGAGCGUGAAGCCGACAUCCAAGAAAUCGAAACUGGCAUCCACGAGCUGAACGAGAUCUUCCGCGAUCUUGGCACGCUCGUCGUCGAGCAGGGUGGGAUGCUCGACAACAUCGAGAGGAACAUUACUGCUGUGGCACGGGAUACGGCGGGAGCAGACGAGGAACUGAGAACGGCGAGCGAGUAUCAAAGGAAAGCAGGGAGGAGAGCGUGUUGGCUUUUGAUCAUCAUCAGCGUUGUCAUUUGCAUCGUGUUGUUGGCAAUUCUGUCAUAGCCAUCGAGAGAUGGUCCGAUAUAUGCGCGGUUGUUAUCAUUAUUCCCUUCCCUUUCAUCAGUGCGG